AUGCUAAUUAACCAACGUACAGUAUCCGACGGUGAAGCCGGCGUCGAAUCCUUGGAACCGGAUCCUCGUCUGUGCAAGAGAUCAGCGAUCAGACCCCAAGAAGUACGUCGAGGCGCUGAAUACAUCGUCACAACACAACAGUCACUUGACACAUCGAACAAACCGGAUUAUCGCAGUACCUAUGCGACUGUACAUGCUGAAACUAGCGAGGAAAAUGCCAUGAAAACUGGCAAACGCACGCUGAUAGUAUUGGCAGCAGGAUAA